AUGCUCGACUCGUGGUGCACGCUGCUGCUUGCAGUGACCCUCUUUUCAUCAAACAACGUAGCUUCUCAGCCUGCACCAAGCCUACAGAGGCGUAUCGCUGCCGCCAUUCACGAUGCUGCAAAUGCUACAGGUCCUAUCGACUACACGGCAUUCGUAAAUCCGUUCAUCGGAACUGACAAUUUCGGGGAUGUAUGUCCGGGUGCUUCCAUGCCGUUUGGAAUGGCAAAAUUCUCGACGGAUCUCACUGGAUAUGCACCCGCUGGAUAUGUGGCUGACCCUACUCAGAAGAUUCGAGGUCUUAGUCCUCUUCACGACAGCGGAACUGGUUCCUCGUUAGGAACGUAUGGCAAUUUCGAGAUCAUGCCACUUCUUUGUCCGAACGGAUUCAAUACCUGCACGACGACCUUACUGGCUAGAGAAAGAUUGAGGAAGCUGAACACGGAUGAUGCCUCUCCCGGUUAUUUCUCCCAGACAUUGGAUAACAACAUCAAAAUGGAGGCCACUGCCACUCGCCGAGCAGGGUUGGAGAGGUUCACAUUCCCUUCCAACUCGAAACCUUUCUUCGUUCUCGAUUUGGCCAACGACCUUCCUAAUUCCUUUGCCGGGGGAACCCUCGACAUAGAUCCCGCAAAGGGAAGGAUUACCAUUGGAGGAAGAUGGGGUUCUAGCUUUGGUCCCGGGCGGUUCAACUACCAGGCAUUUGCGUGCUAUGAUCUGCUGGACGGCGGGAAGCAGAAGCUCGAUGAAUAUGGUGUCUGGACUGGCGAUACAUUUGGCCUCGACGCAAAAGGUCUCGGGCAAACGCACUUGAACCUCUCCCUCAACCUGAUCGGCGGCGUAUACCAAUCCGGCGCGCUCUUCUCCUUCGCCAACAAGCCCAAGGAAGUCAACAUCCGAGUCGGGGUGUCGUUCGUAUCCACCGACCAAGCAUGCGCGAACGCGGAUUCUGAAGUCGGGUCGGCGACGUUUGAGGAGAUUAGGGAGCGGGCACGGGCUGCGUGGAACGAGAAACUCUCGAAGAUUGAGAUCGACGUUGGCGGUACGCCGCCCAAUAUCACGGAGAUGUUGUAUUCUUCGUUGUACAGAGCAUCUUUAACCCCCAACAAUGCUACUGGGGAAACCCAAGGGGUGUUUGCCAAUACAGACACCUUCUACUUCGACUCUUUAUAUUGCAGGACAUUCUUCCCGCUCAUGAGCUUGCAUUCCCCGGUCGAAUUCGCCCAAAUUGUUGAAAGCUACAUCGACGGUUGGCGAAAGAAUGGCUGGAUGCCUGAGUGUCGCGCGAACAAUCUUCCUGGCUGGACCCAAGGAGGGUCUAGUGCUGAUAACAUUGUCUCCCACUUCGCUGUCAAUUAUCACAACGAGGCGGCUGCGCUCGGUGUGAACCUCGAUGAACUCUACUCCGCUCUCCUGGCAGAUGGUGACUUGAACCCCCCGGAAUGGAACACCGAGGGAAGACAAGUGAACGUGUAUAACGAAUUUGGAUACGUUCCCUUCGCCGUAUUGGAUGUCUCUAGCACUGGCCGUCAAACACGAGAGGGGAGCAGGACCCUUGAGUACGCGUUUGAAGACUUCGGAAUCCGUCAAGUGGCUCAGCUACUCGGAAAGACGGAGGAUGAGGCCCGAUUUACCAAUCGCUCCUUGUUCUACCGCAACGUCUGGGACCCAAGCGUCACGAAUGACGGGUUCAAAGGAUUCUCGCAGAAGAGAUUCAUGAACGGCAGUUUCGCCUUCCAAGAUCCCUCCAACUGCUCUCCGAACGAUAAGAACGACACCAGGUCGUGUUCGCUGCAAGGUGACAAUCUGAAUGGUUUCUACGAGUCGUCGUCUUGGGAGUAUAGCUGGUUUGCUCCUCAUGAUACAGCACACCUUAUCCAGCUUAUGGGAGGCAACGACACCUUUGUGAAACGAUUGGACCACUUCUUCGACGCUGGCUACUACCUCGCCGGCAAUGAACCGUCUUUCCAGACACCCAUCGGCUACCACUACGCAAACCACCCGACAAAAUCCGUCGAUCGUGUUCGGGAGGUCGUAUUUCAGAACUUCGACAUCACUGCGGGUGGCCUACCGGGUAACGACGACCAAGCCGCCAUGGCCUCGCUACUAAGUUUCCACCUUCUCGGGCUAUAUCCCGUGCCCUCCACCACCCAAUUCUUGAUCCUCUCGCCCUUCACACCCAAGUACACCAUCCACAACUCCUUCCUCAACGUCAGCACGACCGUGACGACCAAGAACUUCGACGCCGCGUCCGUGCGGGAGACGAUCCCCCGCGGGGCCGCCGCGUACGUGAAAAGCGUCACCGUCAACGGCGCCCCCACGGCGUCGCGCUGCCACUUCGACUUCUACGACGUGUUCAGACUCGGGGGCGACGUGGUCGUCGAGGUCACCGCCGACCGCGCGGUGGUCGACAGUUGCGGCGGAACAGUCCCAGAGAGCAUCUCAACAGGCGGAUUUUCAAAGGCGCGGUAG